UGUCCUGGAACUAGCUCUUGUAGACCAGGCUGGUCUCGAACUCAGAGAUCCGCCUGCCUUUGCCUCACAAGUGCUGGGAUUAAAGGCGUGCACCACCACCGCCCGGCUUGUCUACUGCUAAUUUUGUCUUGGAUGGAGGGUAUCAACUAUAAGCAGGACAAAUGUGGUUGUCUCGGGGUGACCUAGCUGCUUAACAAGCUGACAGUCCAUCUGCAACCUCCCCACCCCCAAAAAGCCUUCCUUGCCUCUUCCCGCUUGCAUCAACUAUGAAGACUCUCAGGUGGUUGAGACUAUAGAUCAGUAGUAGAACUUAGGCCUAGUGUAUGUGAAACCCCAAGUUCAACAUCCAGCAUUGCAGGAAGAGGGGAAAAAAAGACGUCUCAGAGAAGGGAAGUCCAGCCCUGAAGGCCACACAGGCACUCAGUCUAACUGCGGACGAACUGAAUAGGUAUUUCGGGUGUCCAUCACCCCUCAGCCUGGCCCCUGCGGGUUAAAAGGAUUUAGGGAUCACGAAUCUUGAAGCUGCAGCAGCUCACAGCCCCUCAGGCCUGGGUGCUUCCCAGGUAGGUAGGUCACCCCAAGGCGAUGAUUUAAAAGGACAGCUCGCCCAUCCAGGCCACAGCCGCCCUCCCUGCCCCGCCGCCCGCCCAAGCCGCACCCACUUGGGGGCGGUGCAUCCUGGCUCAGUUCUCGGUGGGCGGACGCCGCGGCUUUAAGUAGGGGCGGGACUGAACGCAGAGCAGCGGCGGCGGCGACGGAGACGACGGAGAGGACGGAGAGUUCGCCGGCGGCCUGGAUCCGAUACAGGAAGCCAGCUGGCAGGUCCCGGCUGGGUGAGCUCAUGGACUUGGUGCUUUAGUUUUGAGAAAGAAACAAACACAGAAGAAAGAUGGCGUUUGUUGCAACCCAGGGGGCCACGGUGGUUGACCAAACCACUCUGAUGAAGAAAUACCUUCAGUUUGUGGCAGCUCUCACAGAUGUAAAUACACCCGAUGAAACGAAGUUGAAAAUGAUGCAGGAAGUGAGUGAAAACUUUGAGAACGUCACGUCGUCUCCUCAGUAUUCUACAUUCCUGGAACAUAUCAUCCCUCGAUUUCUUACCUUUCUCCAAGAUGGAGAAGUCCAGUUUCUUCAGGAGAAGCCAGCCCAGCAACUGCGGAAGCUAGUACUCGAAAUACUUCACAGGAUACCGACCAAUGAGCAUCUACGUCCUCAUACGAAAAACGUUCUGUCUGUGAUGUUUCGAUUUUUAGAGACUGAAAAUGAAGAAAAUGUUCUUAUUUGUCUAAGAAUAAUUAUUGAACUGCACAAACAGUUCAGGCCACCAAUCACGCAAGAAAUUCAUCACUUUUUGGAUUUUGUGAAACAAAUUUACAAGGAGCUUCCAAAAGUUGUGAACCGCUACUUUGAGAAUCCUCAGGGGAUCCCUGAAAACACAGUACCUCCUCCAGAAAUGGUGGGCAUGAUCACGACAAUUGCUGUGAAGGUCAAUCCUGAGCGGGAAGACAGCGAGACACGGACGCACUCCAUCAUUCCCCGAGGAUCACUUUCUCUGAAAGUCCUGGCCGAGCUGCCCAUCAUUGUUGUACUAAUGUACCAGCUGUACAAACUGAACAUCCACAAUGUCGUUGCCGAGUUUGUGCCCUUGAUCAUGAAUACCAUCGCCAUCCAGGUCUCUGCACAAGCCAGGCAACAUAAGCUUUACAACAAGGAACUGUAUGCUGACUUCAUUGCUGCUCAGAUCAAAACGUUGUCAUUUUUAGCCUAUAUCAUCAGAAUUUACCAGGAGCUAGUGACCAAGUACUCUCAGCAGAUGGUGAAAGGCAUGCUCCAGUUGCUUUCCAAUUGCCCAGCGGAGACUGCACACCUCAGGAAAGAGCUCCUCAUUGCUGCCAAGCACAUCCUCACCACGGAGCUGAGAAACCAGUUCAUCCCCUGCAUGGACAAGCUGUUUGAUGAAUCCAUCCUGAUUGGCUCUGGAUACACAGCACGGGAGACGCUCAGACCCCUCGCCUACAGCACACUUGCUGACCUUGUACACCACGUUCGCCAGCACCUGCCCCUCAGUGACCUGUCCCUCGCCGUCCAGCUCUUUGCCAAGAACAUCGAUGAUGAGUCCCUGCCCAGUAGCAUCCAGACCAUGUCCUGCAAACUCCUGCUGAACCUGGUGGACUGCAUCCGCUCCAAGAGUGAGCAGGAGAGUGGCAACGGCAGAGACGUCUUGAUGCGGAUGCUGGAGGUUUUUGUCCUCAAGUUCCAUACUAUUGCCCGGUACCAGCUCUCAGCCAUUUUUAAGAAAUGCAAGCCUCAGUCUGAACUGGGAGCUACAGAAGCCACGCUGCCUGGGGUGCCCACGGCCCCUGCUGCCCCUGGCCCAGCACCUUCCCCAGCCCCUGUGCCUACCCCUGCUCCCCCUCCUCCCCCGCCCCCAACCCCAGCCACCCCAGUCACCCCAGCCCCUGUGCCCCCAUUUGAAAAACAAGGAGAAAAGGACAAGGAAGAUAAGCAGACAUUCCAAGUCACAGACUGCCGGAGUUUGGUGAAAACCUUGGUCUGCGGCGUCAAGACCAUCACGUGGGGCAUAACGUCAUGUAAAGCACCUGGUGAAGCUCAGUUUAUUCCUAACAAGCAGCUACAACCCAAAGAAACUCAGAUUUACAUCAAACUUGUGAAGUAUGCAAUGCAAGCCUUGGAUAUUUAUCAGGUCCAGAUCGCAGGAAAUGGACAGACAUACAUCCGAGUAGCCAACUGCCAGACUGUGCGAAUGAAAGAAGAGAAGGAGGUGCUGGAGCACUUCGCUGGAGUCUUCACCAUGAUGAACCCCCUGACGUUCAAGGAGAUCUUCCAGACUACGGUCCCUUACAUGGUGGAAAGGAUCUCAAAAAAUUACGCUCUUCAGAUUGUUGCCAACUCUUUCUUGGCAAAUCCUACUACCUCGGCUCUGUUUGCCACAAUCCUGGUGGAGUACCUCCUGGACCGGCUGCCAGAAAUGGGCUCCAAUGUGGAACUCUCCAACUUGUACCUCAAGCUGUUCAAGUUGGUCUUCGGAUCAGUGUCCCUGUUUGCAGCCGAAAACGAGCAGAUGCUGAAGCCUCACCUGCACAAGAUCGUGAACAGCUCCAUGGAGCUGGCGCAGACCGCCAAGGAGCCCUACAACUACUUCCUCCUGCUCCGUGCCCUCUUCCGCUCCAUAGGAGGCGGCAGCCAUGACCUCCUGUAUCAGGAGUUUCUGCCUCUCCUCCCAAACCUCCUCCAAGGCCUGAACAUGUUGCAGAGUGGCCUGCAUAAGCAACACAUGAAGGACCUCUUUGUGGAGCUGUGUCUCACAGUGCCGGUGCGGCUGAGCUCUCUGCUGCCCUAUCUGCCCAUGUUGAUGGAUCCCUUGGUGUCUGCCCUCAAUGGGUCUCAGACGUUGGUCAGCCAAGGGCUGAGGACCUUGGAGUUGUGUGUAGACAACCUGCAACCAGAUUUCCUCUAUGACCACAUUCAACCUGUGCGGGCAGAGCUCAUGCAGGCUUUGUGGCGCACGCUGCGCAACCCUGCAGACAGCAUCUCCCACGUAGCCUACCGUGUGCUUGGGAAGUUUGGCGGCAGCAACAGGAAAAUGUUGAAGGAGUCUCAGAAGCUGCACUAUGUUGUGACUGAAGUUCAAGGCCCCAGCAUUACUGUGGAGUUCUCUGAUUGCAAAGCCUCUCUCCAGCUUCCCAUGGAGAAGGCCAUCGAGACCGCCCUGGACUGCCUGAAAAGUGCCAACACAGAGCCCUACUACCGGAGGCAGGCUUGGGAGGUGAUCAGGUGCUUCCUGGUGGCCAUGAUGAGCCUGGAGGACAACAAGCAUGCGCUCUACCAGCUGCUGGCACACCCCAACUUUACAGAAAAGACCAUUCCCAAUGUCAUCAUAUCACACCGCUACAAAGCCCAGGACACUCCAGCCCGGAAGACGUUUGAACAGGCUCUGACAGGGGCGUUCAUGUCAGCAGUCAUCAAAGACUUGCGACCCAGCGCCCUGCCCUUCGUAGCCAGCUUGAUCCGCCACUACACCAUGGUAGCCGUGGCGCAGCAGUGUGGUCCUUUCUUGCUACCUUGCUACCAGGUGGGCAGCCAGCCCAGCACAGCCAUGUUCCACAGUGAAGAGAAUGGGUCCAAAGGAAUGGAUCCCUUGGUCCUUAUUGAUGCGAUAGCUAUCUGUAUGGCCUAUGAAGAGAAGGAGCUGUGCAAAAUUGGGGAGGUGGCCUUGGCUGUGAUAUUCGAUGUGGCCAGCAUCAUCCUGGGCUCCAAGGAGAGGGCAUGCCAACUGCCCCUCUUCUCGUACAUCGUGGAGCGCUUGUGCGCUUGCUGCUAUGAGCAGGCCUGGUAUGCGAAGCUGGGAGGUGUGGUGUCCAUUAAGUUUCUCAUGGAGCGGCUUCCUCUCACGUGGGUUCUCCAGAACCAGCAGACAUUCCUCAAAGCUUUGCUCUUUGUUAUGAUGGACCUGACUGGAGAGGUUUCCAAUGGAGCAGUCGCCAUGGCGAAGACCACCCUGGAGCAGCUCCUGAUGAGGUGCGCAACACCUCUAAAAGACGAGGAGAGAGCCGAAGAGAUUGUGGUGGCUCAGGAGAAAUCUUUUCACCAUGUGACCCACGAUUUAGUUCGUGAAGUAACCUCUCCAAACUCAACUGUGAGGAAGCAAGCCAUGCAUUCGCUGCAGGUCCUGGCCCAGGUCACUGGGAAAAGUGUGACAGUGAUUAUGGAGCCACAUAAAGAGGUCCUUCAGGACAUGGUCCCACCAAAGAAGCACCUGUUGCGUCACCAACCUGCCAAUGCACAGAUCGGCCUGAUGGAGGGCAACACAUUCUGUACCACGCUGCAGCCUCGGCUCUUCACAAUGGAUCUCAAUGUAGUGGAGCACAAGGUGUUCUACACAGAGCUGCUGAAUUUGUGUGAGGCCGAGGAUUCGGCUCUGACGAAGCUGCCCUGUUACAAAAGCCUGCCGUCCCUGGUGCCUUUACGGAUUGCAGCAUUAAAUGCCCUUGCUGCCUGCAAUUACCUUCCUCAGUCCAGGGAGAAAAUCAUUGCGGCGCUCUUCAAAGCCCUCAACUCCACCAACAGUGAGCUGCAGGAGGCCGGAGAAGCCUGUAUGCGGAAGUUUUUGGAAGGUGCCACCAUAGAAGUAGAUCAGAUUCAUACACACAUGCGGCCUUUGCUGAUGAUGCUGGGAGAUUAUCGGAGCUUGACCCUGAAUGUCGUGAAUCGGCUGACCUCUGUUACUCGGCUCUUCCCCAAUUCCUUCAAUGAUAAGUUUUGCGAUCAGAUGAUGCAACAUCUGCGCAAGUGGAUGGAAGUGGUGGUCAUCACCCACAAAGGCGGCCAGAGGAGUGACGGAAACGAAAUGAAGAUUUGCUCAGCGAUUAUAAACCUUUUCCAUCUGAUCCCAGCUGCACCUCAAACGCUGGUCAAACCUUUGCUAGAGGUUGUAAUGAAGACGGAGCGCGCCAUGCUGAUUGAGGCGGGCAGCCCAUUCAGAGAGCCUCUUAUCAAGUUUCUGACGCGCCAUCCCUCGCAGACAGUGGAGCUUUUCAUGAUGGAAGCAACAUUGAAUGACCCCCAGUGGAGCCGAAUGUUCAUGAGUUUCUUAAAACAUAAAGAUGCCAGACCUCUGAGGGACGUGUUGGCAGCAAACCCCAACAGGUUCAUCACCCUGCUGCUGCCUGGUGGAGCACAGACGGCAGUCCGCCCUGGCUCACCCAGCACCAGUAACAUGCGCCUGGACCUCCAGUUCCAGGCCAUCAAGAUCAUAAGCAUCAUAGUUAAAAAUGAUGACGCCUGGCUGGCCAAUCAGCACUCUCUGGUGAGCCAGCUGAGGAGAGUGUGGGUAAGCGAGAACUUUCAAGAAAGACACCGCAAAGAGAACAUGGCUGCCACCAACUGGAAAGAGCCCAAGCUUCUGGCCUUCUGUCUGCUGAACUAUUGCAAAAGGAACUAUGGAGAUAUAGAGCUGCUGUUCCAGCUACUCCGAGCCUUCACUGGUCGCUUCCUCUGCAACAUGACCUUCUUGAAAGAGUAUAUGGAAGAAGAGAUCCCCAAAAAUUACAGCAUCGCUCAAAAGCGUGCCCUCUUCUUCCGCUUCGUAGAGUUUAAUGACCCCAACUUUGGAGAUGAGCUGAAAGCAAAGGUUCUGCAGCAUAUCUUGAAUCCUGCUUUCUUGUACAGCUUUGAGAAGGGGGAAGGAGAACAGCUCUUAGGACCUCCUAAUCCAGAAGGAGACAACCCAGAGAGCAUUACCAGUGUGUUUAUAACCAAGGUCCUGGACCCUGAGAAACAAGCAGAUAUGCUGGAUUCCCUGCGUAUCUACCUCCUGCAGUAUGCCACAUUGCUGGUGGAGCAUGCGCCCCACCACAUCCAUGACAACAACAAGAACCGCAACAGCAAACUGCGCCGUCUGAUGACCUUCGCGUGGCCCUGUCUGCUCUCCAAGGCUUGUGUGGAUCCUGCCUGCAAAUACAGCGGGCACCUGCUGUUGGCACACAUCAUUGCCAAAUUCGCCAUCCAUAAGAAAAUCGUCCUCCAGGUUUUCCACAGUCUUCUAAAGGCUCACGCAAUGGAAGCCCGCGCGAUCGUGAGACAAGCAAUGGCCAUUUUGACCCCAGCGGUGCCAGCCCGCAUGGAGGAUGGACACCAGAUGCUGACGCACUGGACCAGGAAGAUCAUCGUGGAGGAAGGCCACACGGUUCCACAGCUGGUGCACAUUCUUCACCUCAUCGUGCAGCAUUUUAAAGUGUAUUACCCGGUGCGGCACCACUUGGUACAGCACAUGGUCAGUGCCAUGCAGAGGCUGGGUUUCACUCCCAGCGUCACCAUUGAGCAGAGACGGUUGGCUGUGGACCUGUCUGAGGUUGUUAUCAAGUGGGAACUGCAGAGGAUCAAGGACCAGCAGCCGGAUUCUGACAUGGACCCAAACUCUAGUGGAGAGGGUGUCAACUCUGUGUCGUCCAUUAAGAGAGGACUGUCUGUAGAUUCUGCGCAGGAGGUGAAACGCUUCAGGGCAGCCACCGGGGCCAUCAGUGCAGUGUUUGGGAGGAGCCAGUCCCUGCCAGGAGCCGACUCUCUUCUUGCCAAGCCCAUUGAUAAGCAGCACACGGACACCGUGGUAAACUUCCUCAUCCGAGUGGCUUGCCAGGUCAACGACAACACCAACACCGCAGGGUCACCUGGAGAGGUGCUCUCUCGUCGCUGUGUGAAUCUUCUCAAGACCGCUUUACGACCGGAUAUGUGGUGCAAGUCCGAGCUCAAACUACAGUGGUUUGACAAGCUGCUGAUGACCGUGGAGCAGCCGAACCAGGUGAACUAUGGGAAUAUCUGCACAGGACUGGAAGUGCUGAACUUCCUGCUAACUGUGCUGCAGUCACCAGCCAUCCUCAGUAGCUUCAAGCCCCUGCAGCGGGGCAUCGCCGCCUGCAUGACCUGUGGGAACACCAAAGUGCUGCGAGCCGUCCACAGCCUCCUCUCUCGCCUGAUGAGCAUUUUCCCUACAGAGCCAAGCACUUCAAGCGUGGCCUCCAAGUACGAAGAGCUGGAGUGCCUCUACGCAGCUGUCGGGAAGGUCAUCUACGAGGGGCUCACUAACUAUGAGAAGGCCACCAAUGCCAACCCCUCGCAACUCUUCGGGACACUUAUGAUCCUCAAGUCGGCCUGUUGCAACAACCCAAGCUACAUCGACAGGCUGAUCUCUGUCUUUAUGCGCUCCCUCCAGAAGAUGGUCCGAGAGCAUUUAAAUCCUCAGGCAGCAUCUGGGAGCACUGAAGCAACUGCAGCUGGAACAAGUGAGCUGGUGAUGCUGAGCUUGGAGCUUGUGAAGACUCGGCUGGCGGUGAUGAGCAUGGAGAUGCGGAAGAACUUCAUCCAGACCAUCCUGACCUCCCUCAUCGAGAAAUCCCCAGAUGCCAAGAUCCUCCGAGCUGUGGUGAAGAUCGUGGAGGAGUGGGUUAAGAAUAAUUCCCCAAUGGCAGCCAAUCAGACACCUACACUCCGGGAGAAGUCGAUCUUGCUCGUGAAAAUGAUGACUUACAUAGAGAAACGCUUCCCAGAAGACCUUGAACUAAAUGCCCAGUUUUUGGACCUUGUUAACUAUGUUUACAGGGAUGAGGCACUUUCUGGCAGUGAGCUGACUGCAAAGCUUGAGCCCGCCUUUCUGUCUGGGCUUCGUUGUGCCCAGCCAUUGAUCAGGGCCAAGUUUUUCGAGGUUUUUGACAACUCUAUAAAACGCCGUGUCUAUGAGCGCCUGCUGUAUAUCACCUGUUCCCAGAAUUGGGAAGCCAUGGGAAGCCAUUUCUGGAUCAAGCAGUGCAUUGAGCUCCUCCUGGCCGUGUGUGAGAAGAGCACGGCCAUCGGUACCAGCUGCCAGGGAGCUAUGCUUCCAUCCAUUACCAAUGUCAUCAACCUGGCCGACAGCCAUGACCGGGCCGCCUUUGCCAUGGUCACACACGUCAAACAGGAGCCUCGGGAGCGAGAGAACAGUGAGUCUAAAGAGGAGGAAGUAGAGAUAGAUAUUGAGCUGGCUCCUGGUGACCAGACCAGCACACCCAAAACCAAAGAGCUUUCUGAGAAGGACAUCGGGAACCAGCUGCACAUGCUCACCAACAGACACGACAAGUUUCUCGAUACUCUCCGGGAAGUGAAGACGGGGGCGCUGCUCAGUGCCUUUGUCCAGCUGUGCCACAUUUCUACAACGCUGGCCGAGAAGACCUGGGUCCAGCUCUUCCCGAGGCUGUGGAAAAUCCUCUCCGACAGACAGCAGCACGCACUGGCAGGAGAGAUCAGCCCAUUCCUGUGCAGUGGCAGUCACCAGGUGCAGCGUGAUUGUCAGCCAAGUGCAUUAAACUGCUUUGUGGAAGCCAUGUCCCAGUGUGUCCCCCCAAUUCCCAUGCGACCCUGCGUGCUGAAGUAUCUGGGGAAGACUCACAACCUUUGGUUCCGUUCAACGUUGAUGCUAGAGCACCAGGCCUUUGAGAAGGGGCUGAGUCUGCCGAUCAAACCUAAGCAAACGGCCGAGUUUUACGAGCAGGAGAGCAUAACGCCACCUCAGCAGGAGAUACUGGAUUCCCUUGCUGAGCUGUACUCCCUGUUACAAGAGGAAGACAUGUGGGCCGGCCUGUGGCAGAAGCGCUGCAAGUUCUCGGAGACGGCAACCGCCAUUGCUUAUGAGCAGCACGGCUUCUUUGAGCAGGCCCAAGAAUCCUACGAAAAGGCAAUGGACAAAGCCAAAAAGGAACAUGAGCGGAGUAACGCCUCCCCUGCCAUUUUCCCUGAGUACCAGCUGUGGGAGGACCACUGGAUUAGGUGCUCAAAGGAGCUGAACCAGUGGGAAGCCUUGACUGAGUUCGGCCAGUCCAAAGGCCACAUAAAUCCCUACCUGGUCCUGGAAUGUGCAUGGAGGGUGUCCAACUGGACUGCCAUGAAGGAGGCACUGGUGCAGGUGGAGGUCAGCUGUCCGAAGGAGAUGGCGUGGAAGGUGAACAUGUACCGAGGAUACCUGGCCAUCUGCCACCCCGAGGAGCAGCAGCUCAGUUUCAUAGAGCGCCUGGUGGAAAUGGCCAGCAGCCUGGCCAUCCGUGAGUGGCGGCGGCUGCCCCAUGUGGUGUCCCACGUGCACACACCUCUUCUGCAGGCUGCCCAGCAGAUCAUUGAGCUUCAGGAAGCUGCACAGAUAAAUGCAGGCCUGCAGCCCACCAACCUGGGCAGGAACAACAGCCUCCACGACAUGAAGACGGUGGUGAAGACCUGGAGGAACCGGCUGCCUAUCGUGUCUGACGACUUGUCCCACUGGAGCAGCGUCUUCAUGUGGCGGCAGCACCAUUACCAGGGUAAACCGACCUGGUCCGGCAUGCAUUCAUCAUCUAUUGUAACUGCGUAUGAAAAUAGCUCUCACCACGACCCAAGUUCCAAUAAUGCCAUGCUUGGAGUCCAUGCUUCAGCCUCAGCCAUCAUCCAGUACGGGAAAAUUGCCCGGAAGCAAGGUCUAGUUAAUGUGGCACUGGAUAUACUGAGCCGUAUUCAUACCAUCCCUACUGUUCCCAUCGUGGAUUGCUUCCAGAAGAUUCGACAGCAAGUGAAAUGCUACCUCCAGCUGGCAGGAGUGAUGGGCAAAAAUGAGUGCAUGCAGGGCCUUGAAGUUAUUGAGUCCACAAACCUGAAAUACUUCACGAAGGAGAUGACAGCUGAGUUCUACGCUCUGAAGGGAAUGUUCCUGGCUCAGAUAAACAAAUCAGAGGAAGCCAACAAAGCAUUCUCAGCAGCUGUGCAGAUGCAUGAUGUGCUGGUGAAGGCGUGGGCCAUGUGGGGUGACUACCUGGAGAGCAUUUUCGUGAAGGAGCGGCAGCUGCACCUGGGUGUGUCUGCCAUCACCUGCUACCUUCAUGCUUGCCGGCACCAGAACGAGAGCAAAUCUAGGAAGUACUUGGCCAAGGUGUUGUGGCUUCUGAGUUUUGAUGAUGACAAGAAUACACUGGCGGAUGCUGUGGACAAAUACUGCAUCGGUGUGCCCCCCAUCCAGUGGCUGGCAUGGAUUCCACAGCUCCUCACCUGCCUGGUGGGCUCCGAGGGCAAGCUGCUCCUCAACCUCAUCAGCCAGCAGGUUGGACGAGUGUAUCCGCAAGCAGUCUACUUUCCCAUCCGAACUCUGUACCUGACCCUGAAGAUCGAGCAGAGAGAGCGCUAUAAGAGUGAUUCUGGACAACAGCAGCCCAGUUCAGUGGGUAACCAGUCCCAUUCUGCAUCAGAUCCAGGGCCCAUAAGAGCAACAGCACCCAUGUGGCGCUGCAGCCGCAUCAUGCACAUGCAGCGGGAGCUUCACCCCACCCUCCUGUCUUCCCUGGAAGGCAUCGUCGACCAGAUGGUCUGGUUCAGAGAGAACUGGCACGAGGAGGUGCUCAGGCAGCUCCAGCAGGGCCUGGCAAAAUGUUACUCUGUCGCCUUUGAAAAGAGCGGCGCUGUAUCGGACGCCAAGAUUACCCCUCACACGCUUAACUUUGUCAAGAAGCUGGUGAGCACUUUCGGAGUGGGCCUGGAGAACGUGUCCAACGUAUCAACCAUGUUCUCCAGUGCGGCCUCUGAGUCUCUGGCCCGCCGGGCACAAGCCACAGCCCAGGACCCCGUCUUCCAGAAGCUGAAGGGCCAGUUCACCACAGAUUUUGACUUUAGUGUCCCAGGAUCCAUGAAGCUUCAUAAUCUCAUUUCAAAAUUGAAAAAGUGGAUCAAAAUCCUUGAAGCUAAAACCAAGCAGCUUCCCAAAUUCUUCCUCAUAGAAGAAAAGUGCCGGUUCUUGAGCAAUUUCUCAGCUCAGACAGCCGAAGUGGAGAUUCCUGGGGAGUUUUUGAUGCCUAAGCCAACGCAUUACUACAUCAAGAUCGCUCGCUUCAUGCCCCGAGUGGAGAUUGUCCAGAAGCACAACACAGCGGCCCGCAGGCUCUACAUCCGGGGACACAACGGCAAGAUCUACCCGUACCUGGUCAUGAAUGAUGCCUGCCUCACCGAGUCACGGCGGGAGGAGCGUGUGCUGCAGCUGCUUCGCCUGCUGAACCCUUGCCUGGAGAAGAGAAAGGAGACCACCAAGAGGCACUUGUUCUUCACAGUUCCUCGGGUUGUGGCUGUGUCCCCACAGAUGCGUCUCGUGGAAGACAACCCCUCCUCGCUUUCCCUCGUGGAAAUCUACAAGCAGCGCUGUGCCAAGAAAGGCAUCGAGCACGACAACCCCAUCUCCCGUUACUAUGACAGGCUGGCCACAGUGCAGGCACGGGGAACGCAGGCCAGUCACCAGGUCCUCCGAGACAUUCUCAAAGAGGUCCAGAGCAACAUGGUCCCCCGCAGCAUGCUGAAGGAGUGGGCCCUGCACACCUUCCCCAACGCUACAGACUACUGGACCUUCCGGAAGAUGUUCACCAUCCAGCUGGCGCUCAUCGGCUUCGCAGAGUUCGUCCUGCAUCUCAAUAGACUCAACCCUGAGAUGUUACAGAUUGCUCAGGAUACGGGCAAGCUGAACGUCGCUUACUUCCGAUUUGACAUAAAUGAUGCAACUGGGGACUUAGAUGCCAACCGUCCGGUCCCUUUCCGCCUCACACCCAACAUUUCUGAGUUCCUGACCACCAUUGGUGUCUCCGGCCCACUGACUGCCUCCAUGAUUGCUGUUGCACGGUGCUUUGCCCAGCCCAACUUCAAGGUGGAUGGCAUUCUGAAAACUGUGCUCCGGGACGAGAUCAUUGCUUGGCACAAAAAGACCCAGGAGGACACUUCCUCUCCACUGUCGGCCGCCGGGCAGCCUGAGAACAUGGACAGCCAGCAGCUGGUCUCCUUGGUUCAGAAAGCCGUCACUGCCAUCAUGACCCGCCUGCACAACUUGGCCCAGUUUGAUGGCGGGGAGAGCAAGGUGAACACCCUGGUGGCCGCCGCCAAUAGCCUGGACAACCUAUGUCGCAUGGACCCUGCCUGGCACCCAUGGCUCUGACCUCAGCUCUCACCCCCCCAGAAUGUGAAAUGUGCCUCUCAGCCUCUGAACCCAUGGCUGUUGAGACCUCACUCUGCCUUGUUACCCCCUUUAGUUCCUUUCCCAGUAGUUUGUGUGUGUGUGUGUGUGUGUGUGUGUGUGUGUGUGUGUGUGUGUGUGUGGAAGAGCGUGAGGUUUGUCCUGGAGAGAGCCCCCUGCACACAAGAUGGCCAGGCCAUUAGAGAUGGCAGAGCCCAACAAAGCAGCUUCUGAGAUGCUUUUAAUUAAGGAUUCCCAGAUUGGGAUUUCCUCCUGUGGUACUCUUGCCUGGAGUGACAGGCAGGUUGAGAAGGUCCCUGUACCCCCUUACCAUCCAGAAACUACACUUCUGAGCAGCUGCGUGCUGUGCAGACCUUCAACAGGGUCCAGGAAAUCCACAGGGUUAGAGAAGCAGGAAUCAGGAGCAGGCAGACAGGCAGGCUUUCUCCUCUGGCACAGAUUGUCACUCUGUCUGUCACUGGCUUUGGGGAGUCUCACCAAGUCUCUGAUGUGGCUCAGUGCGCCUGCAUCGCCUGCCCUGCGGGGAAAGCUGUGCAUGGCCUCAUGGAUUCCAAUUCAGUGGGGCAGAAACGGAACUGUGGAGCCAGCAGGCCAACCUUGCAAUUUCUGCUGCUGGCUUGUUGGAUCUCUUUUAGAAAUUUGCUAUCAUUGUACCAGGAAAAAAAAAAAAAAGACAAAUCAUUUUGUUUUUCCUUCCUAACUUGAAACGAAAGUGGUGAGAGUUUGUCCCUUUUGGUCUCUGUUACGUUGACAUUUUUAUAAAUCUGAGCAUUGAGAAGGUUCUAGCUAAAUUUGUACAGUGUGAUUUUUUUUUUUUAGAAUAAAUAUUUUAUAAAAGUA